GUGCUCCCGUCUUAAAGCUCCUCCUCAGCCUUGCCUCCGUCAUCUGAGGUUCUGGCACCGCCUGCGAUUUCAGGCGAGGUUCGGAAAUGGAGGCGUCUUCGAAUCGAGUAUUGUUGCGAUGACCAAAAUUCCCAACAUAAAAGCUGCGUGGAGCCAUUGUUAACACCAGCACAAAGCUUCCUGAGGCUCAUCGCUUGCAUUCUUUCUUUCUUUGUUUUUUUUUUUAUUUGGGGAGGACAUGGGUGAGAACAAGAGAAAACGUGGACGAAAACCUAAAUCCCAGCCCAGCGGAACCAUUGCUGAAGAAGAAUAUGCCAACAACGUUACCACAAUAACAAACGAUCUUGUUUCAGUUCCCUCUGCUGCGGAAGCCACCGAUGCCACCAUUCCGGAUUCAUCACGCCAUCGUCCUGGGCGCAACAAGUUCAAGCCCAAGGGGAAGUCGCAACCCCUUGUAACAGGCUCGCCAGAGCGGAGAAGUUCGAGACUCGCUGAGCAGAAUGGGGAUUGUGCCCUUACGGAUUUGGUUGCUGAACCCCCAUUGAUGCCUAAGUGGGACAGCGUGGUGAAGGCCGUGCCCUCCAUGGAUGCCGUGGUGAAGGUUUUUUGUGUGCAUACGGAACCGAAUUUCUCUCUACCGUGGCAGAGAAAAAGGCAGUAUAGCUCUAGUAGCAGCGGGUUUAUUAUUGCGGGGAGGAGGGUGUUGACAAAUGCGCAUUCGGUGGAGCAUCAUACUCAGGUCAAGCUCAAGAAACGUGGGUCUGAUACGAAAUACUUAGCAACAGUGCUAACCAUUGGAAGAUGCGACAUUGCAUUGUUGACGGUGAAUGAUGAUGAGUUCUGGGAUGGAGUUUCCCCUGUGGAGUUUGGGGAUUUGCCUGCACUACAAGAUGCUGUUACUGUUGUGGGCUAUCCAAUUGGAGGUGACACUAUCUCUGUAACUAGCGGCGUUGUCUCACGCAUUGAGAUACUCUCUUAUGUUCAUGGUUCAACUGAACUUCUGGGAGUGCAGAUAGAUGCUGCAAUAAAUUCAGGAAAUUCUGGGGGACCGGCUUUCGGUGAUAAGGGUAAAUGUGUGGGGAUUGCAUUUCAAUCUCUUAAGCAUGAAGAUGUGGAGAAUAUAGGAUAUGUGAUACCCACUCCAGUUAUCUUACAUUUCAUCCGGGACUAUGAAAAGAAUGGGGAAUAUACAGGAUUUCCAAUUCUUGGAGUUGAGUGGCAGAAGAUGGAAAAUCCUGAUUUGCGAAAGUCAAUGGGAAUGGGACAGGAACAGAAAGGUGUGCGUAUCAGAAGAAUUGAACCCACAGCUCCUGAAUCCCAUGUUCUAAAACCAUCUGAUGUCAUUCUUAGCUUUGAUGGGGUUAAUAUUGCCAAUGAUGGAACAGUUCCAUUCAGGCAUGGGGAGCGCAUUGGUUUCAGUUACCUUGUCUCUCAAAAAUACACUGGGGAUACAGCUGCCGUCAAGGUUCUCCGUAAUUCAAAGAUACUUGAAUUUAACAUAAACCUUGCAACUCAUAAGCGGCUUAUCCCAGCCCACAUCAAAGGCAGACCUCCUUCUUAUUACAUUGUCGCAGGAUUUGUUUUUGCUGCAGUUUCUGUCCCCUAUCUUCGUUCUGAGUAUGGAAAGGAAUAUGAAUUUGAUGCCCCCAUCAAGCUUCUGGACAAGCAUUUACAUGCGAUGGCACAGUCUGUUGAUGAACAGCUUGUUGUUGUUUCUCAGGUUCUAGUGGCUGACAUUAACAUUGGAUAUGAGGACAUCGUUAACACUCAGGUUCUCGCUUUCAAUGGUAAGUCUGUGAAGAAUCUGAAGAGCUUGGUCUUCAUGGUCGAGAGUUGUGAUGAUGAUUAUAUGAAGUUCGAUCUGGAAUAUCAACAGAUAGUAGUGUUGAAGACCAGCACCGCCAAGGCAGCGAGUUCAGAUAUUCUCACAACACACGGCAUACCGUCUGCAAUGUCUGAUGACCUGAAAGCUUGAAAAGUUUGGGUGAAGGUAUUUAAAUUACUCGUCCUACUAGCAUCUUUCACGUGAUACCCCAUGUUCACUAUCAAAUUAAACCACUACCAUGGGGAUAUAUACAUUAGGCCGCAGAAAAUUAGUAGGGAGAUUGAGAGGUAGAUAGAUAAACCGAGAGCAAGAGAUAGGAGGAGAAGUGAAUAUCCCCAUAUAUACAUAUAGCGGUUGAGAGGCCGGCUCUUCCUUCUUUUUUUUUUUUGCCCCCUUUGUGAGUGAGGGGCAGGCUUUGAAUAACCAAAGCAUCAGCUAGGCUUUUGGAAGAACCAAUGAAUUGGAUUUAGGGGUUGUUCCGUUGAGGUUUUGAUUAUGUCUUUAUGCUCCCAAUAUCUCUCAUUUUUUACCUCACACUGGGGGGAAAUCUAUUUUUGUACAAGAAACACGGGAUGGUUUUUAGCGAGAAUUCUUACGGGGAACAUGAGAAAUACUUUAUAUGAAUUAUUCUCCUCACUGAUCAUUUUGUUGUUUUGGGUAUAGUAUGUAUGAACAAAAAUCCUCUUUUCUAGGGAUC